AUGUUACCACUAUAUAAGAACGUAACAAUAAGCGUUACAAAUGCAAUGUCACGUCACUGAAACAAAACAUAAUUCAAUUCAAGAAUUUAGAACUUUCCUUUAUUUUUCUCGUUAAGGUUAAAGUGAGUGAAGAUGGAAGCAGAACAAGAACAUGCAUGGAAUGAAGCACAAAAGAUUGGUAUGAGCGUUGACCUUGUUGAUGUGGCGAAAAAACAGCUUCAGUUUCUUGCAGCUGUUGAUAGAAAUCGUCAUCUUUAUGAUGGUCCUGCUCUUGAUAGAGCUAUCUAUAGGUACAAUGCUUGUUGGCUUCCCUUGCUUGCCAAACAUUCAGAAUCUCGUAUUUUUGAAGGUCCUUUGGUAGUUCCUCUCGACUGUGAAUGGAUUUGGCACUGUCACAGGCUCAACCCGGUAAGGUACAAACUUGACUGUGAGGAGCUUUAUGGACUUGUACUUGACAACUUUGAUGUUGUCUCUACCGUUGAAGGAAUUUGUGGCAGGCAAACUGAAGAAAUCUGGAACAAAUUGUAUCCCGAUGAGCCAUACAAUUCUGAUUUGAUUAACCUUGAUCCUGAGGAUAUCUCUAAAAGGACCACUAGUCUUGCAAAAUACACUAAAUAUGAUCUGAUUUCAGCUGUUAAGAGGCAGAGCCCAUUCUUUUACCAGGUAUCAAGACCCUAUAUAAAAGAUGAUCUAUUUAUCAAGGAAGCUGAGGCCAGAUAUAAAGGCUUUCUGUAUCUUAUUAAGAAAAACAAGGAGAAGGGUAUAAACCGCUUUUGUGUUCCAACAUAUGAUAUCGAUCUAAUGUGGCACUCUCACCAGUUACAUCCAGUUGCUUAUAGUAAAGACCUCAAUGAGGCACUUGGAAAAAUAUUGGAACACGAUGAUACUGACUCAGACAGAACCAAAGGAAAGAAACUGGAUGUUGGGUUUUCUGGAACCACCAAACAGUGGGAAGACACAUUUGGUACCAGAUAUUGGAAGGCUGGAGCAAUGUAUAAGGGUAAUGCACCAUCUCCUAUCACAAGUAGCCCUUUUUCAUCCAGCAAGAAUUGUAAGAAGGUUGUAUCUUCCAAAGAGCAGCUACAUGAUAAUUUGCUACAAGACCGGAAAGUUGUGGAGGUUUUCUUGGAGUUUGUUGAUGUUAAAAACUUACCAGAUGGACAGGAAGGAAGUCUCUUUGUUUUAUUUUCCAAAUCACAGCCUGAUGCAUUCUUUGAAGCAAAAAGGAGACUUAGUAUUUUGUCAAAGACUAAAGAGAAACAGGUUGCAUCUUUCCAAUGUGAACCUACUGGAGAGCUGCUUUUUGAACUCAUGUCCCAUUCUUCUUCAAAGUUAUCAUUAAGAAAAUCACCAAAGGCACUGGGUUCUGCUGCAAUCCCUAUGCAAGACUAUCUUGAUCCAGUUUCAAAGCUCUACAUUGAGAAAUGGUUAGAGUUGGUGCCAAGCUCCGGUGUUAUGAGCACAAAGCCAAUCCUGUUACGAGUAGCCAUCUCAUUUACUGCUCCAAUUCCCGCCCCAUAUACGUUUCAAUUGGCUCAAUCUCGUCCAGUGUCAAAAAAUACAUGUUUCUUUAACCUUCCAGUUAAGCCUCAACAAGCCAAGAGCUGGACUCACGCCACAGAUGAAAAUGGCACCAGAAUCAUCAGCCUGCAAAUGAGGGACUUGAAAAACGCAAAGAACGUAGAAAACCUUGGAAAGGAGGUUGCUGGCCUCAUGGAAUCUGGUGAAACUCGCACUCUUGCUGAGUAUAUGGAAAAUGGGUGGAGUUUUAUGGACAACCUUUGGUUAUUGCACCGUCCAAGCAAAAGCAAGAAUGAUGGCCAUAUCUUUGAGCUUACAGGCACCAAAACAAUCAAAAUAUUUUCCGGAAGAAAGGGAGAAUAUGAACUGAGAUAUCAUUUGAAACAAGGAAAUGAAAUGGACUUCUUAACAGCAGUUGAAUUCUCCAUAGAAGAUCCUUAUGGAAAAGCAGUAGCAUUGCUGGACUUGAAAUCUAAUCUUGUUUCGGCAAAGGAAAAGUGGAUGGUGUUGCCUGGAAUCAUAUUGGCUUUUCUUGCUUCUGAUAUAAUGAAAAAGGAAGGAUAUGAAGGCAUCAUUGCCAAAAGUAAAGAUUUGGAAGUUGUCGACACAUAUGAGGAAAUUGAAAGGAAUGACUUGAACGGAGCGGAGUUAAGUAGAGAUGUUGGGAUUACAAAAAAGGUUGUACUAUCAAGUGGAGGGUGUGGUAGUGGUUGUGGCAGUGGCUGUGGGAAUGCAGUGAGAAGUGGUGGCUGUGGGGGAUGUGGUGCGGGUGGUUGUGGCGGAGGGUGUGGGAAUAUGAUUAAGAGUGGUGGCUGUGGUAGUGGUUGUGGCAGCGGCUGUGGAGGAGGGUGUGGAAAUAUGAUCAAGAGUGGUGGCUGUGGAGGCGGCUGUGGUGGAGGGUGUGGAGGAGGUUGUGGAAAUAUAAUCAAGAGUGGUGGCUGUGGAGGUGGUUGUGAUGGAGGGUGUGGAGGAGGGUGUGGAAAUAUAAUCAAGAGUGGUGGCUGUGGAGGUGGCUGUGGUGGAGGAUGUGGAGGAGGCUGUGGAAAUAUAGUGGAGAGUGGUGGCUGUGGUGGCGGUUGCGGUGGUGGUUGUGGUGGAGGUUGUGGAGGAGGGUGUGGAAGUAUGGUGGGGAGUGGAGGGUGUGAAAAUUAUGACAACAUGAAGAAGAGUAGCGGGUGUGGUGGAGGCUGUGGUGGAGGAUGUGGUGGUUGCGGUGGUGAUAUUUUGGACGGUAAGUGCGGCUUCAGUGAGCAUUUGAACGAGGAAGCACACAACAUGAAUGAAGAAGCAGUUGCUGCUGCAUGAAGCAUGUUUAAUAUGUGUAUAAGUACUGUACAAACCUAUGUGUAAGAGAUCUCUCACAUUGCUUUUUUUCAUAAACAGAAAUAAAGUGUAAAGAAUAAACAUGAGAGAGUUGAUUGUGUGAUUUAUAUAAUGAGAUUAUAUGAAUUGCAUUUAAUUA